UAUCGUCGAUGAUGGGYGACGCAUCGGCGUGCGAAAAGCUGAAUUGGAUUGGUGGUAGUGAUCUGAGUUUUGGUACUGCGUGUAUUGAUUUUUUCGGUUAUGAGUGGUUUCCCCGUAGGGAUCUCUGUGUUCAGCUACACUACCGUUGUGAUUGAGGUGAUGUGGGCUUCUAUCUGUAGGGGUAUUGCCACGGGAUUGACUGCUCGAAUGCGAUCGUCGAGAAUGACUGUUUCCGUAAUUGCCGUUAUUAGYAUUGUAAAAUCCUCCAUUUCGUGCAUGACUGCUAGGAUCGCUGAUGGUGGACCGGCUGGUGACAGUGGGAAGAGAAUGGACACUGCCCAUAUCACUAUUUCCACUCGGUACUCGAUUGUGGUGCUGAUGCUGGUGUUGAUGAUAUUGUCGGCUGUUUCCACUCGAUGAGGAACGGCUAUGGCCACUACCGCUGUUGUUGCUAUUGGUUCUUCGAUGCAUGUUGCUAGUACUACUUUGUUUACUAUGAGAACUCUGUCGACUUCCCUGGCUGGUAUUGCUAUGGCUUUGCUGUAUGCUCCCGUGAAGAUUUUGCAUUGAAUAUUGGUGUUGCUGAAUUUUCUGUGGUGUGUGGUAUUGUUGAUGCUGAUGUUUUAGUUGUUGGUACUGGUGUGUAGUAAGUCUAUUUCCGGGCAUAUUUCGUUGGGAAUUGCUGGUACCGGGACUUCUUUUGGAGCGAGGAGGAGUCUGCUUACUAGUAGAUCCAUGCUGAAAAUGAUACUGGGGCCGUUGCUGCUGCUGCCUAAUUUUGGAAGGCUUCUUCGAUUGCCCAUCAUGCAUGAUGCCACUCAUGUUCAAUCUACCACUUUCAUUGUGUUUGAUAUUCUUGAAGUUCAUCGACCUGCUGCUGGUCCGGUUGCUACCAGAGCCAGCAAGUCCAAAGGGCAUUGUAAAAUAAACGCGACUGAUUCAGCUUAGUCUAAUUCAAACGAAUUCAAUCCAGGUAAGACCAGACUAGGCUAGUYAAGCUCAAUGUAAAGUUGAGCUCAAUUAUUCCAGAAAUUCAAAUGCAGCCCGAAUUAUCAAGUUCAAUGGGUGGGUGCRUGUAGCAAAUGCAGACUUGACUUCAGCGAAAUCGAAUGAUCGAUGCGGUUGCGUAAUCUACCAGUAACUUUUUCCUGUAGUAGUGGUUUUGUUCUUCCAGGACCGUAUGCGACAAUUAUGGCUUUCUUAUUUUCAGUGAGCAUGCUUAGGAUGCGUAGCAAGAAAGCAGUGAAACUGAAAGUGAAUUCAAACUUCUUUCCUUUCAUGUGUCCGUUAUUUGUUGUCAGCGGUGGUCGUCAAAUCAGGAUUAACAAAUCUGACCUUCUCGUCUCGCGUCCAGUACGUGUGGUACGGUAGGUACGAGUACUGUACGUAUCCGCUAGUUUUGUACUAGUUGAUAUUUUCUUAUUCCUCGCAGAGAUAUUUGACUUUCUCUCAAGAAAAAAAUCCUUCCUGUUCUUCGUUCUUUCAUUCAAACUSCAGCUCUGUCUGUUCCGAAACGUCUAUUAAACUGUUAACGGUUACGUUUCAUGAUUUUGUACGGAAUUAAUGGACUCUGUCAUAGUAUGCGUGCGCGUGCGCCGAACCUGCCUUUUCCCYAGUAACUUUAUUCGAAGCAAGAAUAAUUGAAAGGACUGUUACUGUACGGUAGAUUUUAUUUAUUCACUUACGGAAGCUGUCCAGUGCAAUGCCACGAUUGAAAAUAGAUAAAUAUGCAAUCGAAUAAGUCAAUACCACUCUGUCUCCCACAACAUCCACCAUCCAUUUGGAUUUUGGAUUUUAGAUUUUAGCAUGCAUCACCGAGGAAAAUGAGACCCGAUUACUGCCAUGCUGUACCGAUAUCGUCUCCUGCCCCAGCACUCCYGGUACGAAGAAGUAAUGGUUUCAUACUAACUUGUUCUGGACCGUACCAGGUACAGUCAGUACGUACAGCGUUUUACCUCGAGCCAUCAAACGAAGACAUCAUCAAGAGAAAUACCGUACAGUGCCAGCAUAUUGUUGGAAGGAAAGAUCUUGUUUUGCACGUCCACCGCAGGGGAGCGGRCGAAGUAACCUACARUUCCGAUAGAAAAACUGUCAGGAAAAAUUUCCUGCUCCACUUUCCUUCUGAAGCCAACGCCACUUCAACUUGGUUYUUCGAUCUCGAACAAAAAUGCACCUGAAACAUAGAAAUCUAGAACAAGUUUUGCGCCUCGCGGGAGAGCAUCUCCAUUCCUGCGGCAAUGAUGGAGAACUUGACAAUGGCAAAAACGACAAAAGAAGCAUAUCUCUGGACCAACUCAUACCCAUGCACCAAUCGCUUUUGGAAGUAUCAGCUUUGGCGACUCAAGAAUCAGGAGAGGACACGGCCAUGAGUGAUGUCRAUGUAAUCGAUCGAAAAGAGAGACCGAGCUGGUUAGAACUCUUUCUUUCGUCACUGUAUAAGAACAGUAGCAGCGAGAGGAUGUUGGAUGAUGGCGAAGACUGUAAUGAUGAAAAAGAUUUGAGUCUAUGCAGAGAAAUUUUGAAAAAUGGCAACGAUUCCCAAAAAUUGUUGGUAUGGCAAUAUCUACUYCAGAGAGCACGAGUUGAUUCGCCAUCCUCUCCCUCUAUAUCUUCAAUGGAAUGGUUUUCGUCUCUCAUAUUCCAUUAUAUUUUGCCUACCCAAGAAAAGGGGAGGAUGGAGAUAAAUCCCUCUUCGGCGAUCUCGGACGAAUUGACGGAGGUCCUCAUCAAGCUUUCAUUGGAGUGGAUCUUCCUCGAAAAAAAGAGUGAGGACAGAAACGACACAAUCGUUUGGCCAAAMCUUAGAGAGCAGCUCCUCACAGAAACGAAAAAAAUCAUUGCUAUCCACGAACCAAGUAAGCAAGAAUGCGAAGGAACGGACCCUAGUGUUGUAAUGCCCUUGUCCUCAAAAAUUGCGAGCAAGUUGGUCUUGUACUAUUUAGCACGCGAACAUCAACAUGGAGAACAAUUAUCUGGUGGCAAUCUCUCUUUUUUCAUUUCGCUAUAUUACGAGCAUCUUUGGUGCAAUCUCCAAUUUUGUUGCCGAAAUUUUUCGGUUGMCCUACUCUCGGAMAUUUCUCAGAACUUACUCCUGCCUUUGCUGAAUGAAUUUCAGACGAAGACUUCCAUGACUACUGAAGAAGUCAACGCCCAUUCCUUUGAACUCGCUGGGCUCCUACAGACCAMGCUAUUCCACAUGCUACAAAAGGAGGGAGUGUUUCAUAUUCGCGAAAACGACAAUGAAGAAAAGGUUCACAAGCAGGACUUGCUGUUGGUGGCCACCACAACAUUAUGCCCACUCUUGCCAUGGUAUUGGAAGCAUACUCGGCAACAGUUGAAUCAACAACAAGAAAACGAACUACUCUGGAAUGUGAUUUAUUCUUGCUUUGAACUUGGUCGUCGAUCCCUUGUCCAUCCUCGGGAAUACGACACUGGUAGAGGAAGGCGUGGCGGUGAUGGCGUUUUCGGAACCGGUGGAGUUGCCUCUCUGCUGCGCCGGCGGGCCUUGCAUUUACUCGAUGUAAUUACUACUACUCAUUCAACCUCUAAGGAGAAAGAAGAUUGUUUAUACUGGAAAGACUUUAUUUUGUGUGCCGAAACAUUUGAGAUGGAAGGCGAACGGCACAUAGUGGACCAGAUCUGGCCGGUGAUCGCAAAACUUAUCCGUGAGGCUUGGAAGAACAAGAACUGCAUUCACGAUACCCGUAACAUAGACGGAGGAAUCCCACUGGUCACUCGUCCUUGGAUUGAGCUACUUCUAGGACGGGUACUUUCCUCAGAGCAAAUGGCGGUKCGAAAACUGGGAAUCUUAAGGAUUCUCCAGGCGAUGGGACGGCCCGUGACAGCUGAUUCUUUGCAAAAAAAUGUAGAAGAUGAAAUCAAGACUUCCGGAUCAGAGGUAGACGUCGAAAUGGAMGUCAGUCACGACACGCACAAUGAAAACAACAACAAUCCGUCAAACAAAAAAAGAAGAGAAUCCAAGUCACACAAGCAACAUCGGCAGCCAAAGAAGAAGAAAAAGACUUCGACCGAGAGCACAUCCCUCGAUGUCUUAUCGACCGAGAUGCUACUGCGAUUUCUGUCGCCAGAAACGUUUUUAUGGGACAUUUUGGUUCCGUCAUGGGAUAGCCUUGGCGGAUCGUCCGUCGGGUACACGAUCCAUAUUGUAGAAAGCAAACACCGCAAGCGUAACAACAACAGCGGAAUUCCAAUGGAGAAAUUUUCAAAGAUUGACAUGAUCCCCUUAUUUUGCCAAACAAUCAGAAAUUAUGCUAUUCUUGCGGAUGCAGCCUCGUUGGAAACAUAUUCUUCGUUAUUAUCCUGGUCGCCAUCUUUGUUUUGGAAAGGAAUAUGGAAUUGGAAUCGUGUUGGUUGCCAUUUAUCAGCCAAGACACAUCUCUCAGUAUUUAGAUCUGUUUCGGAUUUGCUUGAAGCAGAAGCAAGAAACGAAGGAAAGUUAGCAACGACCAAUGGUGGUGCCUCUUCUACAAUUCAGAUGGUUCCCAUGGACGAUAGUGACCUAGAGGCGAUACGGUUUACAUAUGUAAAGUUGUUCCGGCACGGAUUGAUGGUAUUAACACACCGAAAACAACUUCUGCACAUGYUAUCUCUCAUGUUAUCCAAGGCAAAACUCUAUACUAAUAGUGAGAAACGCAACUGGACACCGCUUAAAGUUCUUUCACUGCUGGGAUUGUUUUCGUCCAGUUAUUUUCCCUCAUUAGAUUCCGAAGAUGUUGUUGAUUGGUCUAUUGAAAAGGAAGAAAUGCUGAUGAGGAUUGGAAUCUUUAUCGAACAACUUAAUUCACAGGCUUCYGCCAAAAAUCAGGGUCAGCAACAAAUGCCAUUCAUUGUAACGGUUGGAGCUGCAUUAGCUACCGCAUUUGUCACGGGUCAAGUUUCUCUUCCAACGAAUACAGAUGGCCUAGCAUCACCACCUAGGUGGAAUCCAGUCGAAGGGUCCUCGAAAAGCGAUGUGGAAAUGGGUUGGGCGGUUUCUCUUUUCUGUACGUUGGCAGUUUCAAGGAGAGAGCGUUACACCUCAGGUGAAUUGUUGUGGCCAGCGAUACAUAAGGGUUUGUCCCAGAGUAGUGUUGUGAUACUAUCCAAGGAUCACAACUCCAAAACCGAGAAUGUGGCCCGUGCUUUGCUUUUGUUAGAGAAUGGUUGUCGGUUGCGCCAAUUGUCGGGGUUGGGAAAUGGCGACUUGGUCGUAAGUCCAAAGACACAACAAAUCAUGCCGCCUCCACCAAACAUAGAGCAAAUGCUACAGAAUAGUAUCGAUUUUAUCCAGUGGCACAUCCGAAUGCUUCUUGGGACAGACAGCCAUAGAGUAGAAACGGAAGACMCGAAAAAUAAAAGGUUCACAGGCUCCUAUGCCUCUUUGAUAUCUCAGCUGAAAAUCCUUCACCAGUCAUAUCCAUCGAGCCAAGCUAUUUCGGGGGUAAUGAAUGAUGUCCUUCACAACUGCACUGRAAAUUUAUCUGUGUUAAUGGAAGGCAAUGACUCGUCAAGCGGCGAAGGUGAUGUCAAGAAACUUCUUCUAGUGGGGUUGAUUUAUGGCGCAUGCUCGUGUGGUGCUGAACCUGGAAAGAAAUCUUAUGUUUCACUUUGUCGCCUUCUUAUGCGUACCGGACUCACCACGUCAGGUGAAGGACAACCAAAAGCAUGGGUAAAAUCCUCACGUUCAAUAAUUCAAUAUGGUCGAUGGGCUGCUAUAUCGUGCAUUCUUCCCAAAAUACUGGAAAUGRCAUCGGAAAAUGUUUGCAACCAAACUCAAGGAGAAAUUGACAAUUUAGUUGACGACCUGAUAAAAGAGGGUAUGGCUGCUUCAUCGAUAACGCCUUCUGAUGCCAUUAAACCCCUCUUUGAUUGCCUCAUUAUAUCAUCGCGACAAUGGAUCUGUGCCUCGAGCAAGUACGACCCUCAUCAGGUGGAAAACAUGUACAUUCARAAUCUCACUGAUAUUACAAAAACGCUUUUGUCACUAAUCAAUCAAUCAACCCGGUCGCGAGAAUCCGCAUACAUGUUGAAUGAGUUUUGCGCUUUGAUCUUCCACUCCAAAUUGCUUCGAGAAGAAUACGAGCGGAUUCAAAGUGWUCCCUUGAAAUGCAUGACACCUAUCCGUGAUGCCUUUCGUCAACUCAUUAAGAUGGCUGGACGUCGGCGGCCUCAAAUAACCCGUGCUGUUUUAUGUCGCAUUACUGUCGGAUGGCUGGGUAAUGGAAAUAAGGAUAGCAUGGGGAUCAGCUCCAUUCCCUACCGAGACGAUAUAGUUCAACUUCUACUCCACAAGGAAGCGAAAAAAGAUGAAUCCUCAACGAACCAAAGUGCAGAAGAACUACCAACAUCAGGCGUUAUGGAGAUACCUGCAAAUACGAACGAAUUGAGCGUGACACGGGCAUUUCUUCUGGUAUUUUUCUGCCAAUUACCAGAUCCCGAAGCUGGACUUCAUGAUGUUGUCAAGAAAGAGCUUCUGCAUUACGUAAUUCUUGAACUUUUGAAACAAGCGACCCCAGAGAAAGGAACUCAUCCUUCGCUUGUAAUGAAGGGCACUCCAACUUAUUGCAUAAAGAUACGUGGAUGGCAGGCCUUGUGCAUCUUGAGUAGAUUCGUUACGAAUGAAAUUGCUCCCUCCGUUUGUAAAACCGUUUUUCAAGCUAUGAAUGAACUCCUUCAUAACCAAAUUCGAUACUUCUUGGAGAAUUUCACGAUUAGAUGCUCUAUGAUGCAUUCCACAAUUUUUGGAGAAGCUUUUCUUCAAGACAUUUCUCGGACYGAUCUGUCUCUUCAACAUGUAUCGUCUCUCAUGAUUAUGGGGGGGAACUUUAUCUUGGGAAAGUAUCAGUUGGAUUACUUCACUCAAAGCGAUAAAGAUAAAAGUCGUGCGAAACGGAUACUAGCUGGUGUUAUUCCAUGGUUAAGUAGUACACAAGGCUUCAGUCGCGCAAUCGCUCAGCUAGUAGUCUACAAUUUAAUACCAAGGGUUACCUCGAUAGAAUCGAUGACGAAUGAUAACGAUUGGUUCCUCAAAUCAACAUACAACUUUCUUGAUCAGAACCGUGAAAUGAAAAGGCUACGAAACAAGCAAACCAAAUUUUUCGACCAGUAUGAUUGUGAGUCACUCUGUACGCCAGAAGGUGUCUUUAGCAUUCGUGUUGACGAAUCACAAGAAGCAGAUCCGGUUCAUAUGAUUGACGCAAUAAAGSAAUCUCUGCGGAAUACAUACGAUGAGGCGCACGAAUCUGAUGCGCCUUCAUGGAAACAGAUGGAAGAAUUGAUGGCGGACAAUGAUGCGAAUAGCGACAGCGAAGGUUCGGAGAACAUAGGCUCGGCUGUCCAACGCAAGAUCAUCCCACUCGAUUCGUUGAAUUUAACGCUAGAGGAUUUGAAGGAAAAACGUCUAUCAACUGCUACAGGUGCCCACAAACAAAAUCUAAUUGUUUGUGCUUCUUUGGUGGAUAAGGUUCCAAAUUUAGCCGGUUUGGCACGAACCUGUGAAAUUUUUGCAGCGCAAUCAUUGGUGGUCCCUGACAUGUCUGUCGCUAAAAUGGAUAAUUUUCAAUCGAUAAGUGUUGGUGCAGUCGAYUGGAUAGAUAUGGAAGAAGUGAAAGAAGAGGUAUGUCAGCAAGCUACGAUGAAUCCUAUGUCACUUUCUCGAUCCAAAUGAAACCAAAUGAACCAAAUGAACCAAAUGAACCAAAUGAUUCAUAGUCAAUAAACCAAGAUCUGUUCUGAGCACAUUCUGAUGAUAUUGACCCUAUUUUAUGAAGGUUCCUCUUGAUGAAUCGAGCUUGCAAACAAUUUUUUCCACAUUGGUUGACUAACACAUCUGYUCUUUAUCUCAAAAUUAAUUACGAACAGGGAUUACUUUUAUGGCUGCUAGAGAAAAAAACCGAGGGCUUUUGGAUUGUGGGCUUAGAACAAACCUCGUCAUCUAUUCCUUUGCAUCAAAUUGAUAUUCCAAAUUUUGUUGCUGCUAAUAACAAAACUGUCCUACUAUUAGGAAAAGAGAAGGAAGGAAUACCGGUUCAAUAUUUACAAGCAGUAGAUACAUGCGUGGAAAUCCCACAGUUUGGCAUGAUCCGUUCUCUYAAUGUUCAUGUUUCAGGGGCGAUAACAAUUUGGGAAUUGACGCGGCGAACACGACUCAUGCAAACCGAAAAACAGGWAAUGCAUAAAAAUUGAAAGAUUUCUAGGAUGGAUCCAAGUAAUUGAAAAUUUCUUUUCUCUGUUCAACAAAGUUUGAAUUAUUAAAUAAAUUUUGCUUUCUUCUUUUGACUUGAGAUAAUGCUGAAUGUUUAUUACUUCUAGGGGAUCAUAUUUUUCUGUUUCCCUUCCGAUACAAAUAUUAACAUUGAUMGAUCGCACGGAUCAUACUGCMMACAAAUUUGUGAUAGCGAUUGUAGCUAUUCGGUUUCUGAUAUAAUAAACCACGUAAAAAUAUGGGGAGAUACACGGACCGUGCACUGUCUCCACUUCUCGUUGUGUUUUUGACCUACAGCUUCGAGCAUUCUACAGUAAUAAACAUUUUCGUCUUGUUGGUGCGUAAACCACCGCUUCUGCCUAGCAUUUUCUUCAGUUURGCUUUCUUUUUGCCGAUUUCGUUUUGCUUCACUUCCACAUCGAGACUYCCGCCAUUCAAAAAAACUUUACCUAUGGAUAUACGGGCGUUACCGUAGUAGUCAUCAUCGGAUUUUCGGUUUUCGUCCCUUUGUUGCAAUUAGCAAGGAAUGGAAUAGAGAAGGCAUGAGUGAGUGGUCAUUUCGCAAAAAUGUAGUAUURGCCGUACUUGUGUAAUUUAUAUUGAAAACUCACCAAACAUCAAUUGAGAGGACUUGAUUUGCACUUUCCAUCACGUAAUCCUCUGUUUCGUUUUCCCAUGUCGGAUUUUCGGAGUCCUUAAUAGUAGCAGUUCUCCAUACGGCUGGACUUGCUCCAAAUUUAAUCAUGCAGUAUAUAUCGGGAAUGUCCGCCUUUCGAAAUUUUGCUUUCUGAUCAGAUUCGAAGCCAUAUCCCUUCACGAUUCGUACUCUAAUCAUGUUGUUUGUUGCUCCUGAAAUUACGCUUUGUUCAUCCAUAUCGGUAGCCAAGGAGCGAGAUUUGCUAGUUUCACUCCCAUAUGAAAGUCUCUGUCUCGUUAACGACCGCUUUACGCCMGCAAAUGAUAUAGAGAAUGCCAACUUCGUACGUUUUUGCUUUCCAAUCUGUCGACAUUCACGAAGCGACCAUUCUUCGUGGUCUUCAUUCUUGACUUCAUCGUAAGUAAUUUUAAGAUCGCCCAAUGAUGUUUCUUUUCCACUAGAUGGAUCUUGGUUAAACAUCUCCAUAGUGAAAUUCCUGAGAUCAUUGUCGUCGUUCAUUUCAAGUAACUGAGAUGCCCUCAGUGGGAAAUGAAAGGGCGUUUGAUACUCGGGGUUCAAAGAAGCGGGUAUGAUCGGUGUGGCGCCAAUUUCUCUUCGGUUGGAACCGGUUCCAUAAAAGAGCUUGACAAAAGUAUGUGCAUCUUCAUUCUUCGCAAAUGGAAGAUUUAUGGCAUGUGAAAUCAGUACUGUUGUCAAACCCACGACCCUUUCCGAGUUCUUAGACUUCAUUUUCUUUUUCGCACUUCGGGAUACCAUAGAUUUCUGYUCCUCGACAAGGAUUGUCGAUAAAUCAUUCGUCGUAAACGACAAUUGUUCCAACGAAAUAGUGAGAUACUGUUCGGUAGGUGUAUCGUUCUUACCCCUGUYCGUAGCAUGUUUCAUCAAUCGAACUUCGAAAUUUCCAUUCCGAUCCGAACCCAGCAAGACUUGCCCGACUGUCACGUAGGCAACUCCAAGUUGAUCGUCAGUUUCUAGGGUUCCACUGUCUUUAUCCCAUGCCUGAAUUUCAAGGAUCUGAUCACGACCACAGUAUAGGAAAUCGUUGAACUCCACAUCGGGGUCCCAUUUCGGCGAGCAAUUGUUCUGUACUACAGUUGACUGGAAGAAGUUUUCGGCUCCCAAUCGAAUCUUCACGUAGACGUCGGGAAUGUCGUCUUUUCCAAAGACUGUAGAUGCUUUUUGGAUCUCAAAUCCUCUGCCCGAAUGCAACUGGACGCGUGCCAAACCUUUGUAAGCAGGGCAAUAUAUAUCACGGUAGUCAACAUUAUCCACGAGCGGGGCAACAGUUCUAUUCGGCAAGACAAGAGAUUGGGCAAGAAUGUCAUCCACAAUUCCUCGCACAACUCCCUUGAUAUCUACGACACUGAACCCACCAAUUUUGAAUUUCAUGUCCGCCAAGUUCGCCAACCCCGUAAAAUCUAAUUCAACUGUUGGAGGGUUGACAAAAGCGAAUUGAAUGGCAUCCAUGCACGGGAGGACGUCGCUGAGAGGUUUUGCAAUCACCUGGAGCCGACCGGAGAGGGUAAUUYUCUUGACGCCAAAGGAAAUAGCGGCCAUGCCUCCAAUUUUGUCAGUUGCUAACUGAAUGUCACAUUUGGAAUUCCAAGUGACGUCCCAUUCGAAUUGCAGGUACUCGCGAUGUCUCCCGUGAGCCAUUCCCUGGUCAAUAUGCUUGAGUUCUUGCACUAGGAUAUUGUCUAAAACGAASGGGACGUUUCCCAAGUCAAGUUUUGUGAACUUGAGAGUCGAAAGAGGACCAGGGAGAGUUUCCUGGAAKGUCGGUUCGAUCAUCUCACGAAUCAUUUCCGCCCCCGCUCGAUUGAUAUGGGCCCACAAGCGAGCCACGAUGUCGCUUAGGAAGUUGAUAUGGCUAGCACUGGUAUUGUCCACAAACUCGUUGUACGCGGCGGCAUCCGUCUUUUGUGAACUCUGUUUUAGCAUGGUCGCUCUUGAACUGGUAGUCUUGCGUUCUCCGGGAGUCAGCAAAGCAAUGCCCCGUCCGUCGUCAUCGUCGCAGUCUGACCCGUCAUCUGCAAAGCAAUUCAUCGUGUCAGAGUACUUCAUCGCGAAGGCGCCAGCCACGCAUCCUCCGAAGAAGGCAAACAUGGUGAAGAAUAUAUUCCCAGUCUGAGAACGACUGGARSUGGAAUAUACAGCGGAAAUCCUG